ACACACACGCACACACAGUUGGCUGUUGUUGGCUGUGAGUGGGGUGCUGUGGGGAGAGUGGGGCUCAGUGUGACCAGGCAGAGGCCAGCGUCGCAGGCAGGCAGGCAGUGGAGAGAGUGCUGUGCCACAGAGACGUGCCCAGGGUGGAUAAACCAUGCUCACUGAGCGGGAGAAACACUCUGCCCAGGACACAAGAUGAAGGUAAAGAGGAAGCCCUCCUCCAAAUUCAGCAACUUCAGGGACAUUCCUCCACUGUUGACGCUCUUCGGCCUCUACCUCCUCCUCGUCCUCUUCACGGGUGAGGCACUUGGCGUGAACGUGACCAGCCAGACCCAAGUGGUGAGGGGCACGGUGGGCAGAGAGGCCCUCUUGUCGGUCAGCUACUCCAGCAGCAGCGCUGACAAGCCUGUCAUCAAGUGGCAGGUCAAGAAGGACAAAGUAAAGCCUGUCACCGUCGUUCAGUCAAUCGGCACAGAGAUCAUCGGAAACCUGAGGCCUGAGUAUCGCCACCGAAUCCAGGUGUUCGAGAAUGGCUCCCUGCUGCUCCACAACCUGCAGCUAUCAGAUGAAGGGACGUACGAGGUCGAAAUCUCCAUCACAGACGACACAUUCACCGGAGAGCACUACAUUGAGCUGACUGUGGAUGUUCCUGUGUCAAAACCUUACAUCCAGAUGAUGGCUUCUUCCGUCCUGGAGUACAGCGAGCAUUUCCACCUCCACUGCUCCCACGAUAACGGCACAAAGCCCACAUACAGUUGGCUAAAAGGAGGGAAGGUGCUGACCAAUGACUCACGCCUUCUGCUUUCACACGACCAGAAGGUGUUGACCAUCUCACGCGUCCUGAUGUCCGAUGACGACAUCUAUGCCUGCACAGUAGAGAACUCCAUCAGCAGCAUGAAGAGCGUCCCAGUUCGGCUCACCGUCUACAGACGGAGCUCGUUAUACAUCAUCCUGUCCACCGGGGGCAUAUUCCUCCUAAUCACCCUGGUGACAGUGUGUGCUUGCUGGAAACCUUCCAAAAAGAAGCAUCGACCUGUUCCCCAAAGAGCUCCUAUCUACAUGGAGCAAAGUGAAAAUGGCCAUGAUGUUGAUGUGGUACCAAAGCCAAGUACGCUUGGCCGAAGGAGCCCCAUGCCUCUUUAUGUUCUCAACGAAGAUGAGACUCUGGAGCAUCUGGAAGAGUCCUCUGGCAACACUGCUGUCCAAUCAGAAAUUAAUAUCCCUGCCACCUAUGUUCCAGUCCUCCCCCCGACCACCAACAGAACUGAGCGACCGAUCUGGUCCACUCCCCGCCGGUACCCCCGCAGCCCGUCUCCGCUUGCACAGCCUCUCCCUCAGCCCCUCCCCGCUCCCCUGAUACGUCCUGUCUGCUCUCCGGCUCGCUCCCCGGCGAACUCUCCGGGAUCGUCCCCCCGCAGUUUCAGCCCGGUGAGGAGGGUCCGUCCUCCAGUGGGCAUCCCAGUCAGCCACCUGCCUGUGGAGGCAGAGUGCGCAGACCCCAGCGAUCAGACUCUCAACUCCUCACAGCACUGACAGCCGUUUGGAAAAUAGUUUUCACCCUGAGAUAUGUGAAAUGCAUGUUUAGUUUGGGUUCCACGUUCUAGGUUAACAAAUGGGUUCACUUCUUUUUUUUUCCUUUCUUUUUCUUUUUCCUCGUGUCGGUAUUUAUGAUGCACUUCUUUAUGGUUAUGCACAAACAUUUUUAAGAUUCUCUCUUAAAUACGGUUCAGUGUUCUGGUAUAUGCAGAUCUAUUUGUUUUCAUAUUGUGAGUUUUUGAUUUAGAAAAAAUAUAAUAAAAUACAAAACAAAG